AUGGGUAGCCUGUACGACGAGGAAAGCAGUCCGUCCAUAUUGGUGCGCUACAGCUCGGACAACGACUCGGCGGACAUGGUCUUCGAGACCGACUCGCCGGCACCACCGCGACCUCCACCCCCACCACCUCCGCCACUUCCGCCACCAACUUCCCCGUCUCCGAAACGAUCGGAUCUUCUAAACAAUCAGAGUUCGUCCGCUCCACCAUCGAUUGCGGAUAGUCCGACUUCGAGCUACAAGUGGCUUGCCAGAACGAGACAGAAGCCGACCAAACAAGUAGCUUCGCCAAGAGGAAAAAGUAAACGCUUGAGAAACUCGGGAUCCAAUGAACAAACGAAGAAAAACUCUCCGUCUACUCCAGAAACCAGAUCGACAAAACGGCAUCGGAAGAAUCGCAAUCAGUGCAAAAACGUCAUUCCAACUAUCGAAGAGAUUUGCAAGAAGAUCAAUGCUGCCUUGGAAAAAAAUGCGAAUAUACGAAUGAAAAUGAAAAUGACAAAAACAGCACCUUUCGACGAUUUGGACGACUGCAGAAUCACGCUUCUCAAUAAAAAACGCGUAAAGUGGGAGGAGGAUCAGUACGACGCAAUGUCCGUGAAAACGAAGAACUACGGAUGCUGCCCGUGGAUGCCAGGAGCAAAGAAACUGUGCUCGACGGCUCGAAAGGUGGGUCUCAAAAUGACUAAGACUUUAGCUCCAGAAAGUUUUUUUUUCAAUGUGUUGUGUCGUUUUGUGCUUUUCUGUAGACAUAUGGAGAUGGCGCCCUUUCUCCAAUUUAGCAUUGAAUUCACGUACAGAGCGGUAGUCGCUGCUAUAUUUAUCUCGUUUCCAGAUAAUCCGGUCGGUCUGAAAUGUUGAUCCAAUUUACGUAAAUCUAAGAAAUCUGCAAAGUUCGGCAAGGUCCUUUCCCGUUGCUUACAAGUCUAGUUCCGAAGAUUCCAGUACUGAAAUCCGGGCCGACCUCCCUCGAGCACCUGCAGCGGUAAAAAGCAAAUAGAAAUAGCUAAAAUAUAGUUUGACCCGGGAGAUGACAAAGACGUACUAACCCUUUCAAACAGUGACAUGUGCAUCGUACGCGUGCACUUUCAAAGUGCACAUCUCUAUCUUUUUUGGUCGACGUCCCUGCCCAUUUUCACUCUCAUUCACCCAAACCCAUGCGCGCCGCGUUCCACACUCUCCUGGUUUUCUUCUUUUCCAACGGACGUCCGCUCCUUUCAGAAAAUUGAUAUCCAUGAGCAAGUCUGCCCCUCUUUUUUCGCAUUCUUUUGCGUGUUUGCGAAAUGCGUGAAUUCAUUGACCUCCAAUUUUUGGCGAGUUGCAAGAUGAGAAGAAAAGAAAUGGAAAGAGAGAGAGAGAGGGUGUUCUACGUGCCGAAUGUUUGAAAGCCCACCGCUUUUUUUUAGUUCAACUUCUAAACUUUCCAAUACUCCAAUUUCCAACGCCCAUUUCUCUCUAAUUUCCUUUGCACCAGGAUAAAAACGAAACAAACAACAAUGUUUGGAAUGGAGUCAGAAAUCAUUUGGGUACUAGCGCACUCUUUUCUAAUUGAAAUGCUUAGAAUCCGACACUUUUCUAUCUUGGAAGAGUGACGUCCGGUGUUGAGUAAUUAGAUGAUAUUUUCUGCAAUCUCUGUGUAAAGGCCUAAAAACUGAGAAGGCAGACAUGAACGUUUUUGAACUAUGUAGCUUCCGUGACCAGACUUUUUGCGAAAUCGAAUCCUUGUCGGCGAAAUAAACCAAACUUCAAACCUCAACGUUUUGGCUCUACUCUUUUAAGAGUACUUUUGUCAACAUGGGUCAUGCAUGCCACGUCAUAAAAUAGCUUUGGGUAUUGAAACGUCAACUGUCGAGCGCCCACGGGAUAGUCAAGCGAUUGCGAACAGAAACAUGCGUCAUUUCCACCAAUUUGUUUACUCAUUUCGUUUCGCUUAUGCGCUCACGGAGUAUUCUGGUAAAUUGGGGUCGCUCCUCCUCUCCGCUGCCACGUCACAAUGUAUUCUUGCGCGUAGACACGGAACUUCCCGCUGCCCACGGGAUAGUCGAAUUGUUUCAUAAAAUUUCUGGAAGCUCGCCCCAAAUACCCCUAUAAAACUGUCGUGAAUCAUUUUAACUCAUUGUUUCCUCGACCUCUCGUCUGUCUUCUACUUUUUGGCAUCUGUUUCCAUCGUUCUCAGAUUUUCGAAUUUCAUAAUUUGAUACGGUCAAGGUCAUUGAAGGGAGAUUGUCUCGAUCGCGCCACAAAGUGUUCUCGAAUAUUCCAAUCACCUUCAAUUCAGUCGUCCUACGAGAUAGUCCCUACUUUGCGCAUACCUGCGCUGCCGCAUCAUACCAAAUCGAUCGAUAAUCUAGUGGUUUCAAAACAGAUCUCUUCUCGCGCAUGUGUUCUUGAUGACCCAUACUGUGUUGCUGCUCAAACUCUAUCUUGUCCGUUUUUCUGAGACAGCCAUUAUUUUGGCAGAAGACAGAAGGCCCCUGCCUCAUAAUUUUAUAAUGUGCUGCAAUUGCAUCAUAUUCUCCCUCAAGAGAGAGAUACACAUUUUUUUGAAAUUGCUUCUAGACAUGUCUCCUUUUCAUUCAUGCAAUGACUCACAAAUUCUGUCUGCUUACAGCUGGUACAAAAUUCUCCAGACUUCUCUCCAAAUGUUGAAGUUGUAGUUGUACACAUACAUCCAGAAUGUCUGAUCCGAUUCUCUCUCUCUCUCUCUCUCUCUCUCUCUCUCUCUCUCUCUUCGCCACGACUGAUGACAGACAAAAAACACACGUGUUUGAUCUUGGUGUCUGCACAAAACGUGUGUGUGUUCCCAUCAUAAAUCUGCAUAACUGUUUGUUGUCGCCGCGCUCUUAUCUCCUCGUUUUUUUGCAGAAUUUUCGCUUUGCGUCUUGCAGAAGAAUCACUAUUGUACGGUUGUUAUCAUCAACACGGACUAUCGUCAUUUUUUUGUUGAGAAAAUGUCAUUUCGAAAACUGUUUUUUUGAUAGGAGUGCUCGCUUCGAACUCGUCUUGUACCUUUUCAACGCGACGCUGGAGAAACUCGAUAUUCUGACGCCUAACUUUUUUCAAUUUUUGCCUUGAAUUUUCAGUAGAUAUGAUUAGGAUUACUGUAGAAGUGGUGGAGUGAAAGAUCGAAAUACGGCAACCAACAACUUUGCUGCGCUUUUCGGAAACUUGACGCACUCGUUUACCUUCUUCUUUUUUGCAAAACAACUAGGUGAAGGUUGAACUUUCCGGAAAAGCUUCCAGUAUCGAGUUUUCUGGAUUACAGCAUGCUCGAUAGUCAUGAUCUGAUGGGUCACUUUCUCAAAAAUUUUCAAUCUGUGCCGACCGAGCCGGAAUGGGCUGAUUUUCUGCGAGUCUGCUUCAGACCAUGACCAUUAGUUCUCAUUAUUUCGUACACAAUGAGCAUAGAACCAAACGAAAUGAAAAAUGUGUAGUUUGUUCCUUUCCUAGAAAUGUUUGUGACUAAUCCUUUUCCUAGAGAACAAUGAGUCAUCCUAAUGUCAGCUGCGAACACGUUUCCGAAAAAAAGAUCCUCGGGUCAAUCGUAAAACCGGCAAUGAAAAUUUCCCAAAACACGCCAGUCUUCUGCAGAUUUAACAGCCGCGUAGCAAAAAAUACUUGUCAAAAGUCUUAGUUCUAAAACCCAGGCCGAGACGCCACAAGUUUGACUACAAUAAAUAGUCGAAUGCAACUAUUGUUUGUUCGAAAUGCUGAACUGAAUGUGAAAAACUGCAAUCUUUGUCCAUCCUAAGUGUUCAAAGCAAAAAGUACGAUUUUUCUUGUUUUCCGUUCCAGCGCUUUCUCAUCACAUUUCUAUAAAUACCCGGAACAUUCUAGGUCUUUCUUGCCUUGCACUCACUCAUUCACGCCCCAAUCUGCCUGGAACUAGAAGUCUAUGAAAAUACUUGCACUUUUACGGCGGAUAAUGAAUAGGAAGCGCAUUAAUUAUUCUGUGAGAGUCUGGGACGAUCACAAAAGAGUCCAAGUUUGAGGGAAAUCUUGCAAAAUGAGAUGGAUGAGUCAGAUUGUAACCACGAGAGGAGGCGCUAGCUGUUUUUUGCUCAUGCACGUGGUGAGUGAGUGAGCAAAAAGGAUUAGAUGAAACGUCUGCAAUCUCUUCAUUCUAUUUCCACACUUUCUUGUGUCAUCCGGUGCAUUUUGAUGAUGAAUAAUGAGCGUCAUCAACAACUUGUUCUCCACGCUUUUCUAGUUUCGAGAUUUUGCUAAUCGAGCACACCCACACAUACACUUUCUUGUUUUCCAACACUUCCCAUUUGGUAAAAGUACUCAAAAACUUCCGUGUUUUUUUUGUUUUCUCCAGUAUGUCCAUGCAUGUUUACUUUUCCCAAAACAACGAACAAAAGCAGUGAUUUUUUGGAGAGCAAAGAGACCUGAACACUGGCUUCAUAGCUCCUCACUAAAUAAUGGGUUACAACGAAGACACCGCUGGGCUCUCUACCUUGAGAUGAAAAGCACUCCGUCAUUUUUUUUUUGUUUUUUUGUGAUCGUGGUCGUGGUCGUGGUGGUCACAAACCAAACAUUCGUUCCGAGAAGUUGAGUGGGUGAUGUCUCUAUGUCUAUGCUCAUUUUCUGAGAACCGAACACCGAAUUCUCUCUUCAAAACACGAAAUUAUUUUGAGAAAAAACUGCCCGUAAUUGCUAUUUCACGUCCCUCCUCCCCUCCUCCUCCCACCUACUUGGAAGGUUCUUGUUGCAGAAAUAGAAUUUCGUGUGAACUACAAUAUUCCACUCGAUUGAGAAAAUGACAUUAAACAUGUAGGACUCUAAAGAAUUCCUAAUGAAGGCUUCCUAUUGUAUGCUGCUCAGUGCCCCCCCGAAAUCCAAUUUCCAUUUCAUUAACUUUUUGCUAACACAAUCUAAAGACUUUUAUUUCCCCUCUUCAUCCUUUUUUUACGCAAUCCAAUCCAAUUUUCUCUCCCCUUUUUUUGAACCCGUCCCGUUUUCAUCAAGACUUCAAAAAAAGCUUUGUCUGGGAAAGAAGGCGUGUGUGUUUUCCGGAAAGGAAACACGCAUCGGAAGUGUGAAAUGUGAAAUCACUUGGUUUCUGUAGGAAUCAUCCACUCUCUUCUCAGUCAAAUUUUUGUUCUCAAAUACAAUCUGCGAUAUUUCCGAAAAUACUUCCACAUCUGCUUGACUGAUUAAAUUUAUACAUUUUUUCAUUCUCGCACCACUGCACUUAUUCGAUUACCUGAAAUGUUGCGGUUUGUGUGCAGAUCAAAGCAAAAAAUGGAUUCUGACUCACUAAUCCCUUCGUAUUUCUAUGAAUUCCUCAACAUUCCAUGACAUUUUGCUCGAAAUAUUACAGAGCGAAACAACAACGAAACAUUCCUGAGUAUAAAAAAAGAACAUCAAAAGAAGCUCGCACAAUGUGAUUUCCGUCUCGUUUGCAUUGCGUUUGCAAGGCGAAAAAAUCUCUCUCACACCCGCUUUUCGCCUGAUUUUCUCUCUUUUCUCAUCCUAUUUUCUGCUCCAAAUGUCUGACAAGUGCUUCAGCAAAUCUGCAGACUUGCUCAAAGACUUAGUCUUGCAGAGAACAUUCUUUCUGUCGUCCUCCUUUUUCCUUAAUAGUAAUUGGCCUUGUUUGUAGAAGAAAAAGUAGGGCGGGGCUCAGCAGAUCUUGUUCUCGUCUUGAAGUCUUAAAAAUCACUCGCUCAUUCUUUGUUUUCCAGGUUUUCACGAACCUCCAUCACCGAUUCAUGGAUUGGGCUCUUGUUUACUCUGGAAGACCGUCGGGACACGUUCCGCGUGGAGUCGACGGACCGACUAGAGAGGAAAAGGAGCGCAAGGAGGCCGAAGACUAUGUCAACGGCAACCUGAACGUGCCGCUCGAGGAGCUCGCCGCUCAGAACAAGGAGUUCCAGCGCCUCAAAGCGCACGAAUACAACGAGAGUGAGUUGCCACCAAUUACAAUAACCUUCGCUUACGCCAAAUCGUUUCAGAACGCAUCAAGAAGUCGCCGUCGCUCGAUGACCAGGAGCGUGGACCCGAUGGCCGCAUCAUCUUCUCGCAGGAGUACAUCGACUUCAUGUUCUACCGCGAUCUGCAGCCACUUGUGGAUCUCCGUGUCCUCAAGUAUACCGAGGAGGUGAUUCAGCGCAAGAUCGCCGAGCGUGACGCCGCCAACAAACUUGCCGAGGAGAUGGAGACCAAGUUCGGCAUCUCGGAGAAGAAGGAGGACGGUAACGACGACGGAUCGGCGGAGAAGAGGGAUGGUCAGAACGGCAACCAGGUAAUUGGGCUCAACCUGGUUAGAUGCUCAAAUUCUUAACCACUCAGAUGAGUAGAGCACGCUUGCGGCCGGUUUUUUGCACUUUCAACCUAUCUGAACCUUUAGUGCCUCAAAGUUUACUUGCCACUAAUUCAAUUACCAAUUUUUAGGGACCGUCGACCUCUUCUUCCACUUCUACAGCGUCAAUUUGA